CCGAGCACCGAGCAGCCUGGCCGCGGCCGCGGUGCCACCAAACUUUCCCCGGAGCCGUUCACCCAGGAAACUUCUGUCGAGCACCUGUCGCGUGCCAGCCCAGGAGAAUGGCAGUGAGGGAAAAAGUGUGGUCCCUGCCAUCAAGGAAGGGGUGUCCUCCUCAUGGUCCUGGAUGCCAGCCUUCAGAAACAGAAUUGGUGGGCACCCUCCAUGCUCUAGAGGUGCUCCCUUGUAGUUGGGAGUGAACAGGAGCUGGAGGCUACUCUUGUGCCAAUGACCUUUCCUAAUUCCUCCUUUACCUUGGAAGACAAUAUGUGUGAGGCGAACAAGACCACCAUGGCCAACCCUAAACUGAUGCCCCUGGUGGUGGUCCUCAGCGCUGUCUCCCUGGUCACGGUGGGACUCAACCUGCUGGUCCUGUGUGCCGUGCGCAGUGAGCGGAAGCUACACACGGUGGGGAACUUGUACAUCGUCAGCCUCUCGGUGGCUGAUCUGAUCGUGGGGGCCAUCGUCAUGCCCAUGAACAUCCUCUACCUCCUCAUGUCCAGGUGGUCCCUGGGCCGCCCACUCUGUCUCUUUUGGCUUUCCAUGGACUACGUGGCCAGCACAGCGUCCAUUUUUAGUGUCUUCAUCUUGUGCAUCGAUCGCUACCGCUCUGUCCAGCAGCCCCUCAGGUACCUGAGGUAUCGAACCAAGACCCGAGCGUCGGCCACCAUCUUGGUGGCCUGGCUUUUCUCCUUCCUGUGGGUCAUUCCCAUUCUUGGCUGGCAUCGCUUUGUAUCACGGACCUCAAGGCGCCGGGAGGACAAGUGUGAGACAGACUUCUAUGAUGUCACCUGGUUCAAAGUCAUGACCGCCAUCAUCAACUUCUACCUGCCCACCCUGCUCAUGCUCUGGUUCUAUACCAAGAUCUACAAGGCUGUGCGGCGGCACUGUCAACACCGGGAGCUCAUCAAUGGGUCCCUCCCUUCCUUCUCUGAAAUUAAGCUGAAGCCAGAGAACCCCAAGGUGGGGCCUAAGAAAGCAGGGAAGGAGUCUCCCUGGGAGGUUCUGAAAAGGAAGCCGAAAGAUGCUGGUGGUGGAUCUGUCUUGAAGCCCUCAUCCCAAGACUCAGUGGAGAUGAAGUCCCCAGGCGUCUCCAGCCAAGAGGAUGGAGAACUGGACAAAUUCCAUUGCUUUACACUUAACAUUGUGCAGACGCAGAUGGAGGCAGAGGGGAGCAGCAAGGGAUACGUAGCCGUCAUCCACAGCCAGAGCCAGCUAGAGAUGGAUGAGCAGGGCCUGAACAUGCGUGGGGCCAACGAGAUAUCAGAGGAUCAGACCCUGGGUGACAGCCAGUCCUCUCGGACAGACUCAGACACUCCUGCAGAGCCAGCACCGGGAAAAAGCAAACCGAGAAGUGGGUCUAGCACAGGCUUGGAUUAUAUCAAGUUGACUUGGAAGAGGCUCCGCUCGCAUUCGAGACAGUAUGUGUCUGGGUUGCACAUGAACCGAGAAAGGAAGGCCGCCAAACAAUUGGGUUUUAUCAUGGCGGCAUUCAUCCUUUGCUGGAUUCCUUACUUCAUCUUCUUCAUGGUCAUCGCCUUCUGCAAGAGCUGCUGUAAUGAGCAUGUGCACAUGUUCACCAUCUGGCUGGGCUAUAUCAAUUCCACACUGAACCCCCUCAUCUACCCCUUGUGCAACGAGAACUUUAAGAAGACAUUCAAGAAAAUUCUGCACAUUCGCUCCUAAGGGGUUUCAACCCAGUGAUGUGUAUGAUGUCCCUGAAGGAAAUGGAGGAGGAAUGCCUGUGUGUUGCCAGGCACCUGAGCUUUCUGGAGUCAAAAGAAUAAGUCAUAGGGGCUGCCAAGUAGUUUGGAAAGUUCAUGGUUACCACUGGAAAAACAGCAGAUGGUGGUGGUCAGCAGAGAGAUUGUACCCUGAAAGCAGACUAAUUCCAAUAGAACUGGAGCUGAAUGAACUCUCCUGCUCCUGGGGAAAUAUGGGAACCUCAGACUCUCCUUGCAAGUCAAGCUUUCAGAUUCGAAUUAAUGGGCCACUGAAGAGCCGUGUGGGUAGAGUUCCACUGGAGAGGUAGACAGAACUCUGGAGCCUUCCUGGAAUGGAGCUGUGUGACUAUACAGAGACCUUAUAACAGACACAUGCUGUCCCCUGCCAGGGGUCACCUUGAGAGGCAUGACAGCUAUUCGACUGUGACUGCCACUUCUCAGAACACCUCUCUUCUGAGCCUCUUUUACAGCAUUCUCCAGACCCAGUGUCUGAACCACUCUGGAAAUUCUGCCUUAUUAUUUCUCACUCACAUACAUCUUGGAGCUGAUAGGAAAUUAUGCAGCUUGCACAUCCAUCAUUUCAAACCCAAAUUCCUUUCUGCUGUUAAAAAAGGUUAAAUGCUGUCGUCAAAAAAAAAAAAAAAGAGAGAGAAAAGGAAUUUUUUUUUUAAUGGUUGCACAUUAAAAACAAAAAAGGAGAGUGGGGAGAAGAAAGUCAUAUUUCUUGAGGGCUGUGCCAAGUUGAUUGCAUUAAAGCCCCAUGACACCCCACAGCAGGAGGAUGGUGUCACUAGAGAAGCAAUUUGAAGUGCAGCAAGGUCAAAUUAGGUGCCUGAGAUCAUAGAGUUAGUUAUAUGAGAGCUAGAAUAAACAUCCUGUAGUUUCAGCUAAUUAUAAUACAUUUUCUCCAAAAGGCAAGAAUUUGUCCUAUUUAGCAUGUGCAAAGGCAAGAAUUUGUUCUAUUUCGUAGGCGCCGCGCGCGCGCGCACACACACACACACACACACACACACAUACACACACACACACACACUAUUCCCUAGAGGGGUGGCAGUUCUCAAGAGUGUAUUGAGGUGGAGUUCCCUUGUGGUGCAGUGGGUUAAGAAUUCAGCCUUGUCACUGCAGUGGCUCAGGUCACUGCUGUGAGGCAGGUUUGAUCCCUGGACUGGGAACUUCCAUAUGCUGUGGGCAUGGCCAAAAAAAAAAAAAAAAAAGAACAUACUGAGAGGAGCAGUAAUAGCUGAUGGAGAAGAUGUCUGUGGCCAUCUAGGUGAUACUUUUGAAGAGACAGUGUGCAUUUUCAUCCCUGAGUUCUGUGUUUGUUCAAGAAAAGUCAUCUUCUUUUAUGGUCACACCUCUUAACUAAAAACUAGCAAAGACAUGGGAACAGGCAGUUUUCCUUGAUGUUUAUGUUGCAAUCUGGUUGUUAUUUGUAUUUUAAAACUUGAUGUUUAAUAUAUGUAACCAUACCAGUGGGAGUACCUAUACAAGCUGAUAUUUUAUGUCUUGUGUUCCCAUUUGCAUGAUCUGUUAAAAUGAACGAUUUUUAUCUAUCUAAAAUAUUAUAUUUGAAACUAUA